GGCGGGGAGUGCGGUUUGCGCCGCGUCGUACGGAGGGAGUGCGUCCAGUCCGGUCCGCGCGAGUGAAGCCCGCAGGUUCGUCCCGACGUCGUCCCUCGCCGCGAGUGUGCCGUGUCGAUGUGAUGUUGCUUCCGUACACCAAAGAACAACUGUGAUGUGUUUCGUCUGUUUUACACUACUGCAAACGAGUCUCAUGAGGAAUAGUUCACGAGUGCUAAAAACAGCUUCUUGAGCCGGCAAUGUGUAAAAAAUAUCUGAAACUGUUCUAAAACGUGCAAAUCUUACUGAUUUCUAUACUUCUGAGGCUGCCAUAUUACCAGUACUUGAAGGCGAACGCAAGACGCCUUGGUUUCACAAAAGUGCAAAGUUUUUGUUUGUUUUCCGUAGGUAAAUGCAUUCUACUCAGCUGUUAACAGCUUUGUACGCGCCAGGUACAGAUAAAAUUUUGUAGGUGCUCAGGAAGAAGUUACGAGACCCACUGUUUUUUAAAAUAGUGGAAGUUGAGGGAAUGACAGUCUGAAUGAAGAACCGUCACGUUUUAGUGUUUUUCGUGUGUUGUAUGCUUACAAAUAGUAACUAGUGAUAUAUUUAUUCCUAGAGUGGCAGCAUUUAUUGUUGCAGACGAUACUGCGUUUUGUGAGAGAGCUAAAAGGCCGAUGUUAUUUCCCGCUAAGGGUUAACUGAGCAGAUAUUUAGAGCAUUAUUUCUAUCUGGGCAGCAGUAGAAGUGUGAAACAGUGUUGCUCACCAAUAGGAAAGACUGUUUGGACGGAAGUUGACGUGUGGAGCAAAUAAAAAUUUCUACAGAUUACACCUGUUUACAUCUAGAAUUAUCAAGAAUUAGCUAUGAGGUGGUGAAAAUGACAGCGUAUGAAGAAUAGGUCAGAGAUAUUUAGUAUCGGCGAGGUAGUUGAACGAUGCAUGAAACCUCCCCUGCGUUGUGAAGACAGCGGUGUACUUCUCGUCGCUGUGGGGGCCGCGUUUUUCAGAAGGUGCUUAUCGGACAGACCGGCUAAUGAGACGCGUAUGGGCUUGAUGGAGUGUCGUGGAGACGCGCGGUCGGCCAGCUGACGGCAGAGAUGCUGUGCAUGCGGCGUUACCCGGGCCGUGCCGCCCCCGCGGGGGAGCUGCCGCCCCCGCCUUCGGAGCCCGCCCCCGAGCCGCCCCCAACGCCCCCGUUGGCGGCGGACGUGGCGCCGCCUCCGCACCUGGAGGCGGAGCUGCAGCCGGGCGGCGAGCCGUCGCGCCGUCUGAUGGCGCUGUUGUACGAGGACAGCUGGCGGCGGUGCUCGGCGCUCGACUACCGGCCCGUGUACGCGGCGGCGGCGCGCCCGGGGCUCGGCUACUACAAGCCCACGCCGCCCCCGCCUCCCACCUCGGCCGCGGAGCACGUCUACGAGGAGGCCUCUGUCGCAACGGCCCGACGGCCCCAAGGCCGCUACCAGUCGGCAGCCGAUGGCGACGGAGCUGUUGCCAGGGACGCGCGCUUCGGACGCAAGGAUGCCGCCGGUGCGGAGUCGCCUAAGCCUCACCAGGAGAGCGAAACGCCGCACAGGCCCGAAGUGCCGCCGCGGAGCUUGCGCAACGAAACUGCCAACGCCGCCUGCAGUCGACCCGGAGAAGUGCCGCCUAGAACGCUACAAACCGCUCCUACAAUUCCUGUCGCCGCCCCUAGGAUCUCCAAGUAUCGCCAGCAGGAGAAGGCGGCAGCGGCGGAACCGAACAGAGCGUCCGAGAAGGACACCGCCGCCCAGUCGAACGGGUCCAUCGAGGGCGCGCAGUCCCGGGUGUGGCACUCGAACGGCGCCGCGGAGAGAGCGAACGGUAAAAUAGCCAACGGCGAAGGCGGCGUCGCAGGCAACCGAAGCCCGAGGUCGUACUUCGAGAGCAGCGCGAUCGACAGGAGGAGAGAAGCGGUCGAGAUCUCGAGCGAUACGACGAAGUCGCAGAAACAGAAUGGACUAUUGCCUUUCGGCAGCAACGACUGGUUUAAUGCGACUGCGAAGAGCUCCCGCUUCCGUUACUACGACAGUGCGGGGGCGGAUCCCCCGAAAGCUGGCAGGAGCUCGCAGGAAGACGCACCUCCGAGGCCAGGGCAGCCUCGUAGAGUACUGACCGAGGCGGAGGAAAGCGGAAGUGCCCGUAACAGUUUGACGCCGCCUCUCAAAUACCGCACAAAUGGCAAAGCAGUGCCCGGGAUCAGCAACGGUGGUACCAGCGCUGAAGACAACGGUUCACCUGCCACCACCGAGGCCAACGGCGAAACUUCGAGAGCUCUGCCGAGGAGGUAUCGGUACGACAAACUCAAUGGCGCGGAGAAGAGUGCGGACAACUCCAGCGAGGAGCUGACACCGAAGCCGAAGGGUGCAGCUAGUAAAGACGACGCUAGUCCACCGUCGACGAGAAGCAGCCCUAGGUUUCGUUCGGAAUACGAUACUGCUACAGUGCGAGGGGUCGAUGCGGCGAGAAAGGACGCUCCGACGGAGAACGCAGACGCCCAGAGGAACGGCGACUCGUCCGCCGCUGCAGUCCAAGUGGCGAGGUACCGUGCGGAGACCGGGGACGGCGCUAAGCAAGCGGCGGUCGGCAACGCGGAGACGGGAGACAGGGGUGUGGCCGCGAGUCGAAUACAUCCGUCCAGGAGCAGCCCGCUGCUGCGCUACCAGGAGGCGCCCAGCGCCGCCAGCCGGGGCCUCACCAGGCACAACAGCAGCGCGGCGGCCGCGCGCUACCAGCGCCAGGGAGGCGGGGGCGGCGGGGGCGUGGCGCGGCACCUCGACUACCGGCCCGUCUACACCCCCAACGGCCGGCCGCGCAGGGACUCCGACCCCGACCCCGUGUCCAGUCGCUGGCAGACCACCGGCCAGCAGCAGCAGCAGCAACAACAACAACAACAACAACAAGCUGGAGACGACGACUUCAGCAUCCCCCGGCCGCGCCUCAUCGUGCCGGUCCAUUCGUACCGCGCGCGCCGGACCGGCAAUACGUACACCUUGCCAGAGGGCCGCGUGGAGGUGUCGCGUGAGAACAAGUACCUCUCGACGCUCGCAGCGGGCAAGGUCUUCGGUGAGCUCGCCAUACUCUACAACUGCAAGAGGACCGCCACCAUCAAGGCGGCGACCGACUGUAAGCUAUGGGCUAUCGAGCGGCAAUGCUUCCAGACCAUCAUGAUGAGGACUGGCCUCAGCCGGCAGGCAGAGUACACCGACUUUCUCAAGAGCGUUCCCAUCUUCAAGAACUUACCUGAAGAAACACUCACAAAGAUAUCAGAUGUGCUGGAAGAGACAUAUUACAAUGAGGGUGACUACAUCAUCAGGCAAGGAGCACGUGGUGACACAUUCUUCAUCAUUAGCAAAGGACAGGUGAAAGUCACGAUGAAGCAGCCCAAUUCACUCGAGGAGAAAUAUGUCCGGACUUUGCACAAAGGUGAUUUCUUUGGAGAGAAGGCUUUACAAGGUGAUGAUCUGCGUACAGCAAAUAUUAUUGCCUCUGACCCUGAAGGUGUCACAUGCUUGGUGAUUGACCGUGAGACAUUCAAUCAACUAAUAUCAAGUCUGGAUGAGAUUCGAACGCGCUACAAAGAUGAAGGUGUUGAACGCAGGAGGAUUGAUGAAGAGUUCAGGGACGUUAAGCUCUCAGAUCUACGUGUUUUGGCUACAUUGGGAGUUGGAGGUUUUGGCCGUGUUGAAUUAGUUCAGAUUGCAGGAGAUCCUUUACGUUCAUUUGCUUUGAAACAAAUGAAGAAAAGUCAGAUUGUGGAAACCAGGCAACAGCAGCAUAUAAUGUCAGAGAAGGAGAUUAUGGGAGAGGCCAAUUGCAACUUUAUUGUCAAAUUGUAUAAGACAUUUAAAGAUAGGAAGUAUUUAUACAUGCUUAUGGAAUCUUGCCUUGGAGGAGAAUUAUGGACAAUUUUGAGGGACAAAGGGCAUUUUGAUGAUGGCACAACUAGAUUUUAUACUGCCUGUGUGGUUGAGGCUUUUGACUAUCUUCAUAGCCGUAAUAUUAUAUAUCGUGAUCUCAAGCCAGAGAAUUUGCUUCUUGAUAAUGCAGGGUACGUCAAACUAGUGGAUUUUGGUUUUGCAAAAAAGCUGCAGCAUGGACGAAAAACUUGGACAUUCUGUGGCACACCAGAAUAUGUUGCACCUGAAGUAAUUCUGAAUCGUGGGCAUGAUAUAAGUGCUGAUUACUGGUCUCUUGGAGUUCUUAUGUUUGAACUGCUGACAGGGACACCACCAUUUACUGGGGCUGAUCCAAUGAAGACGUACAACAUAAUUCUCAAGGGUAUUGAUGCCAUAGACUUUCCAAGGACUAUUACUCGCAACGCCAUGGCACUUAUUAAGAAACUAUGUCGGGACAAUCCUGCUGAGAGGCUUGGUUACCAAAAGGGUGGUAUUAGUGAGAUACAGAAGCACAAGUGGUUUGAUGGCUUUAAUUGGGAAGGUCUUCGCAAUCUUACAUUGACCCCACCCAUUGUGCCUGUUGUUCGCAAUGUAACGGACACCUCAAACUUCGAUGCCUACCCUCCAGACAGUGAUGGUCCUCCUCCUGAUGACCUUACUGGCUGGGAUGCUGACUUCUAAGGAAGUUUAGGAUGUACAGGGGAAAGUGCCAACAGCAGAAAGCCUGUCUGUCUCUCAUUGCAGGAAGGUUCAUUGCGUGUUUGCGACAAGAGCUGACAGAAUGCAGAUAAUGCCUAUGAAAUCAUGCUAUGGAUCCAUGUCUGCUUCAUCAUAUUUUCAAAGAAAUUAAAAUAACAAUUGUGAAAUUGUUUUCAAAGUCUCUCUUGGGCUGUGCUACCUUCUUUCAUCUUACGCCAUUGACAGACUGAAUAUUUUUUGAUACUAAAGAGUAAAAACUACCUUUAAGAGAUCCAGUACACACAUUAAAUGUAAUAUGCUUAUUACUUUGACACAUUGUUGUAGAUCAAUCAUCUAUGUACUUGCCAAAUAUUGAGCAUAUUAGGAUGAAAAUCUUGAAAAACCUCAAAUUUUUCAAAAUUCAAAGAAAAUAAACUAUAAUAAGUUAAAUCAUCACAAUAAUAAACAACAAGCUAGUUGGAAAUAAUAGGUACAAUAAUUGCAGUAUACAUUAUUAUAUUAUCCAUGUGUUUAUUGUAAUAAGUAUGUCAUUUAAAUAUGCGUGUCAGUAAUCUGUAUUACUAUCUCUCAUCCAGCAGAAUUUGAAAUGAUUUUCAGCAAGUUAUAUUUUGUAAUAUAUAAUUUAUUACUUCCUCUUUAAGUAUACAUUUUUAAUACGAAAUGUCUGAAUUACAGAACAUUACAAGGAUAACACAUAGAUGUUUAAACUAUUAGGAAUGAAAGGAAUAUUAUUUCACACAGUGAAGAAGUGAGGUGAUAGACUGUGGCAUGUAUUACAUGAAAAAUAAUGUAAUUUGAAAACCUGUUUCCUUAAAUAUAAUUUGUAUGUAAUUUUAAAGAUGCAGCAGUCUUGGAUCAAGUAACAUGUUUUUGUUUAUUGCUCUGUCAGCAUUAGGAUAUUAUGGUAUUUCAGAGAAAGAAAAAAGAUAGAAGAAAGUUCCUUUGUUGCAUAUACAUUUUUACUCCAGCUUUUAGAAUGUUAUUUUGUACUUACCAGACAUUACUCAUACUUUUGUUAACAGAAUUUCUGUAGUCUUACUGGAAAUGUAUUUACUGCUGUAACAUCAAUGCUUGCAUGUAAUCCAGAGAAAAUUUGCUAGAAACUGGAGGUGUUUGUUGUUAUAUCUGCAAACGGAAUAACAAAAGCAGUGCCAUUUAUCUUUGUUACAAUUUUUUUAAGUUUUCAGUUUGGUAUCUGCACUUAUCUUCAAACUUUAUCUGCAGAAGUAGGUCAUCGCCAGUGAUCUUUAGUUUAGGGACCAAAACUGCUCAAAGUAUUGAAGUUGCCAACGAGAGGCAUGUUGUAUUUUAUGUACAUAUAUGUUUGUUACCUUUGUGAUCUGAAAUGGUCGUGUGAAAUUACUUUGUCAUCUUUUGUUUUGAAAUUCUAUGAUGGUCUCCACUCACUCCCUCUUUUUCUUUAAUGAAGAGAUUGUAUCUACAGCUGGAGCUAGGUAACUCAUCAGCUUCUUUGAAAUUUAUGUAUAUACUAAAAAUUAAAUGUCACAUACAUAAAAUGCUCUAACAUCAAAAUGAUUUGAACUGUGAGCUCAAAUGUAAAACUUUAUGAUUGUAUCUGUAAACUGCUUUUGUGUGUUUUGUACAUACAGAAAUUGAUGAUCUUUUAUAAAGGUCAAUUGUGUCAUUUAAAAUAGUCCAAAUUAUACAGAAAAUAAAUGUUAAUAUUUUUUGACCAA